GUUAUUGUGCCAUCAGAGCUCCAAGCAGAAAGUGAGAAUAGUCCAAUUUGUGCCAAUUUGGUGUAUCCGCUGAAGAGAUUUCUCUUAAGAACCCACAUUAGUGCAUGUCGAAACUCAAUUGUGAUAUCAAAACUGGUGAACAAGUGGCAUUUUCCUCACAUCAAUUUCGCAUAUUUCACCAACACAACAGUGGAAGUGACGAGAUUACUUCUCCCAGUUUUCAGUCGAGACAGAAUUCUGUGUAGUCAAUGAAUCCGGCUGAACUUAACUAUCAGCCAGUCAGUGCGUUUGAGUCGUCCGACCGAGAUUUCUUGAAAUCCCAGCGGUUCAGGAUGGAGCAGGGCAAGAGCUACAGGCAAUUUCUGGCUGGUGUUGUUGUUAAUAUCGCGAGUUUGGCACUGGGAACGACUUUGGGAUGGACAUCACCAGUGUUCCCCAAGAUCAGCAGCGCUACACAAGAUGACACUCCCCUGGAUGGCCCACCAGAUGACGAGCAGCUCUCAUGGAUCGGAUCACUGGUGGCUCUUGGAGCCCUCAUCGCGCCUUUCAUUGCCGGACCCUUGGCGGAUAAGAUCGGCCGCAAGUGGACAUUGCUGUCCAGCACGGCUUUCUUCGCCGUCUCCUGGAUACUCCUCAUCACCACUAACAAUGUCCCACAGAUGUACGUGGCUCGUUUCCUGCAGGGUUUUGGUGUCGGUUUCGUGAUGACCGUGCAGACAAUGUACAUUGGAGAAAUCGCAUCCGAUCAAUUCCGGGGUGCUCUGGGAUCCUUAAUGCAACUAUUCAUUGUGGCUGGAAUCCUGUACGUCUACGCCAUAGGUCCAUACGUGACCUAUGUGAGUCUGCAGUGGAUUUGCUUGAUUCCACCACUGGGCUUCGCAGCGGCCUUCUUCUUCAUGCCAGAAACACCCUACUAUUACACCCAGAAGGGAGACAAGACCAAUGCCAUCAAGUCACUGCAAUUCCUGAGAGGAAAAACCGCUGAAGGUGUCCAGGAAGAGGCGCUGAAAAUCCAGGAAGCUGUUGAUGAGGCGAUGAAGAACAAGGGCACGAUUAAGGAUCUCGUGCGGAACAAAGGCAAUUUCAAGGCUCUGAUCAUCUGCGCAGGAUUGAUAUCCUUCCAGCAAUUGUCCGGCAUCAACGUGGUGCUGUUCUACAGUCAGAUCAUCUUCGCCAAGACCGGAAGCUCACUCGAACCCGCCAUUGCGACGAUCAUAGUGGGCAUUGUCCAAGUUGUUGCCAGCGGUUUGACGCCUUUCGUUGUCGACAGGCUCGGCAGGAAGAUUAUUCUACUCUUCUCAGGACUUGGCAUGGCCAUUUGUCACGCGCUCUUGGGACUGUAUUUCUUCCUGGACUACAAGAAGGCUGAAGUGGUGCCAGACAUUGGAUGGCUUCCCGUUCUGUCUGUUAUUGGCUUCGUCUCAGUUUACUGCGUGGGAUUUGGACCGUUGCCUUGGGCUGUUCUGGGUGAAAUGUUUCCGGCCAAUGUGAAAUCGAUCGCAUCCUCAAUGGUGGCGUCAACUUGCUGGAUUCUUGGCUUCCUCGUCACCAAGUACUUCUCGGCUCUGGACAGUGCUGUGGGAAGUCACUGGGCGUUCUGGAUCUUCGGUUUGUUCUGCUGCGGCGCCUUCGUCUUCACCUUCACGACGGUCAUGGAGACCAAAGGUCAGAGUCUACAGGAGAUCCAGGACAGACUGAACGGACGAAGGCCGGAAGAGCAGUAAAUAAGCUAUGAUUUGUAUACAUUCCUAGGUGCACUAUAAAUACAAUUUAAAUGAAGAAUACCAAAA